CAUUCACUCGACACCAGCGAGGGGAGGAAGAUGUCGAAGGGAGGUGAGGUUGGGUCGGCGGGCGUUUGCCGCUCGUCGUGCGGCGUGGCCACAUCCUCGGCUGGUCAUUGCGCGUCGGAGGCUGACAUGAAGGCCCUCGCCAUCUACAUGGACGAGAAGGUGAGCUGCUCCCGUCCGUCACCAUCGACGGAUGGAUGGAUGGAUGGACGAAAGAGAGACCUCUACAGUACACGGCUGCGGCGGAUGGCUGCAUCUCUGUCUUUGACGUGUCGUGCAGUUGACGCCGUUUGUGGACGAUCUCAUCCUCAAGCUGCUCAGAGACCAGCCGGACGACCCCGCCUAUGAAGCCAUGCUCAUCUGCAAAGGUGAUGGUCACACACACACAGAUGGAUGGAUGGAUGGAUGGAUGGAUGGACAGCCUCCCUCUGCUCUCUCUGUGUGUUAACGUUCAGGUUGUUCGUCCCGUGCUCAGAUUGAGGGCGCGUUGGCUGCCCUCGAGCAGCAGCGCGUCAACGAGGAAAACGCCAGACUCAAGAAGGAGUGAGUCAGCUGGAGGGACACACACACAGACAGACAGACACACACAAACACACAGCACCACUGCGUCUUUGUGUGUGUCUGUGUGUGUGCGUGUGGCUGUGUCUUGGAAAGAAACGCACAACUCAAGAAGCGCCUGGCCGCUGUGAUGGACACCGUGGCCGCCAACACUCACAUCACCGACACCGUCACACAGGCCAAGUCAGACACACACACACACACUCCCAGGAGAUGGAUGGCUGUCUGUCUGUCUGUGUGUGUCUGUUAGGUCGGAGUUCAUUGCAAAUAUCAAAUCGGAGGACAAGUGCGCCACACACACAUACAAGUGGCCGCCAUGGCCGGGUGUGUCUUGUGUGUGAAUCUGGUGGCAGGUUGGUAAAUGACAGUUUGGCCAUCCAUAGCAACAACUGACGCAUGACACACACAUAGACACAUACACACAGAAGGUAUGCAAUCGACAGCCCGGCCCACCAACAUGUCAUGGAUAAUCAUUGCAAUGCCGCUGUGUGUCUGUCUGUGUGUGUCAGGUUCGCAUCUCGUGUACAGUCAAGGCGGCCCAUGCCAUGGCAAGGCAGGACUCUGUCUGUGUGGUGUGGAGGAUGAAUAUGUCAGUGAGUGCAGUGGAUGGGCGGAAGCAUGCCGACGUGCUGUCUGCUUGCUGGCUGAGUGCGUCUGAGACAGACACCGAUGUGCUCGUGACUCUUGAUCGAAUGAAUGAAUGGAUGAAUGAAUG